AUGGAAAACAUCGUACCAGCUAAAGAUCUCCGUCUUCCCUCCGUACCUGCUCUUAAUGAGAUCUCCUGUUUCAGACCCGGAGCUCAGAGCAGCACUCGGUGGCUGAUCGGGGACAGAGACAAUCACUGUGGGGUCAUCUGCUCAAAGACGCAGGGGAAGCCGGUGUGCGGCUCGGAUGGGCGGAGCUACGAGACCGGCUGCGAGCUGCAGAGGGCGCGAUGCAAAGACCGGGCGCUGACACUGGCUCACCGCGGCCGCUGUAAAGGUAAGAACUGGGUGAAAAUGGACCAGUUGCCAGUGGCUCCAGCACCGACCUCCAUGGCUGAGGGGCGAGACCUUGAGCUCAAAGAUGCAGGUCAGUCCAAGUGUCGAGUUGAGAGGAGCCAGGCUUUGGAACAAGCCAGGAGACCUCAGGAGUCCAUGUUCAUCCCCGAGUGCAACGAGGAUGGGACUUUUGCCCAGGUCCAGUGCCACACUCUGACAGGUUACUGCUGGUGUGUCACCACUGACGGGAAACCAGUGAGUGGCUCCUCUGUGCAAAACAGGACCCCAGUGUGUUCAGGAAACUUCCAUGAAUUUAUGGGAACUCAUGCCGCGACAAGUGGAUUGUCAGGGUCAGUAACAGACAAACCGCCCGGGCCACCAAACUCUGGUCGAAAAGUUUCUUUCCAUUUCUUUCUCACCCUCAACCCAGAUGAUGGCUCCAAGCCCACACCCACCAUGGAGACCCACGUGCCCCCCGAGGGCGACGAGAUAACUGCUCCAACACUGUGGAUAAAACAGCUGGUGAAGCAGAACAGCUCCAGGAAGCAAGAGAAGGUUCCCUCUUGUGACCAGGAGAGACAGAGCGCCCUGGACGAGGAUCGGCAGAACCCUCGCGAGGCCAUUUUCAUCCCCGACUGUGGAGCCGGAGGUCUCUACAAAGCCGUCCAGUGCCACCAGUCCACAGGCUACUGCUGGUGCGUUCUCGUGGACACAGGUCGGCCCAUUCCUGGAACCUCCACACGGUACCAGAAGCCAGAGUGCGACAGCGCGGCUCGAUCUCGGGUCUCAGACGCAGAAGAUCCUUUCCAGGGCAGAGAACUGGCAGGAUGCCCCGAGGGGAAAAAAGUGGAAUUCAUUACGAGCUUGUUAGAUGCCCUCACCACAGACAUGGUGCAAGCCAUAAACUCACCGGCCCCCUCUGGUGGUGGGAGGUUUGUCGAGCCUGAUCCCAGUCACACGUUAGAGGAGCGGGUGGUGCACUGGUACUUCGCCCAGCUGGAUAACAACGGCAGCCAUGACAUAAACAAGAAGGAACUAAAACCUUUCAAGAAGUACCUGAAGAAAAAAGCCAAACCCAAGAAAUGCUCCCGAAAGUUCAUCGACUACUGUGACCUGAAUAAGGACAGGGCCGUUUCCCUGCAAGAGCUGAAAGGCUGCCUGGGCGUCAGCAAGGAGGGUACCUCGACCACAGGUGGCAACCAAGGGACAAGUAGGUCGUCUGGUGUGAGACGAGAAGGAUCUAGAAGCUGA